GUAAAAGAAACGUGAAACGAGGGGUGCUGGGUAAAGCGGAUAAAAAGCAGGAUCUUAUUGCGCGUUUUGGAGAGCUCAGCGCAGCGCGGACUCGGUGUUGGAGCCUGAACGCGUCAGAUGAACGUCCUCAACGGGGCCGAAAAAAACUCUCUCGGACUUCACCUGUAACGCUCGUGCUUAUCUCUGGACUGCUGGAUACGGCUCAUAGAUGAAAACUGCCCCCGGAGAGAGUCGUUCUCCGUCGGACAAGGAGCCCGUCAGUCUGCGGCGCGCGGCGGAACACCGGCGACCAUGUCAGACAUCUCCACCGACUUCAACAACGAAACGCUGCCGGAGGCUGCGGUCGCUGACUUCAACUUUCCGGCGCUGAUAUUCGGGAUUUUGCUGAUUGUGAUCAUCACCGGUGGGAACGUGCUCGUGUGCCUCAGCGUGUAUCUGGAGAAGGCUUUAAAAACCACGACGAACUACUUCAUAGUCAGUUUGGCGUUUGCGGACCUGCUGCUGGCGGUGCUGGUCCUGCCGCUCUUUGUUUACGCAGAGUUUCAGGGGGGAGUUUGGACCUUGAACAUGGUGGUGUGUGACAGCCUGAUGACCAUGGAUGUGAUGCUGUGCACCGCAUCCAUAUUCAACCUGUGUGCCAUCAGCGUGGACAGGUUCAUUGCCGUGUCCAUCCCACUAAACUACAACCGUAAACACGUGGACCACCGUCAGCUUGUCCUGCUGUCGGCCACCUGGCUGCUGGCCCUGGCCGUGGCCUCGCCCGUCAUCUUCGGCAUCAACAGCGUGCCCAACCGCGACCCCACCGAGUGCAAGCUGGAGGACAACAACUACGUGGUUUACUCCUCGGUCUGCUCCUUCUUCAUCCCCUGCCCCAUCAUGGUCCUGCUCUACUUCGGGGUUUUCCGUGGGCUACGACACUGGGAGGCGUCGCGUAAGAUCAAGCUGCGAAGCAGCAUCGAGGCCUGCAGGAAGCUGCAGCACGCCGCCGUCGCCAGCGCCCUCCCCCCGCUAGCGGGCACCAUCCCCGGGCCGCUGCCCAUGCCUCUGCCCAGGAUCAUCGAGAGGGACUUGGCCCAGUCUCGGCUGGACGACUCGGACGACUGCAUGCAGCAGGAGAUUCCCUAUCCUCGGCAGUACCGGGAGAACUCGGUGCCCACGUUGACGUUCAGCCAGCAGCUGCACAGGAAGAAGAGAGCCAAGAUCAACGGCAGGGAGAGGAAAGCUAUGCAGGUGCUACCUGUAGUAGUAGGCUGCUUCCUGUUCUGCUGGACUCCGUUCUUCGUGGUGCACACGAUGAGAGCCGUCUGUGUGACGUGCGACGUCCCCCCCGGUCUGAUGAGCACCGUCACCUGGCUGGGCUACGUCAACAGCGCUCUCAACCCCAUCAUCUACACCAUCUUCAACACGGAGUUCAAGAAGUUCUUCAAGAAAUGCUUCCGCAGCUGCUGCUGACGCCCGGGUUUCUGACCGGGAGGUCACGAAGCUCCGUUGGGGAGUUUCCAGUUUGGCCUGUUAACUUUAGGAGAGGGAUGGUUGUGAUGAUAUCUGACCGACGGGAA